GCACAUUACUUAUGAAAAAGUGACAUGAUGACACAUAGAAGAUUUGCAGCUAUGUUUAAGGUCUUAUUGUGAUGUCGUUUCUGCUCACUUCAAUGUGCGCCUUUUAGUAAGUGUUAUAUUUAAUUUUCUUUGCUUAAAAUUAUUUCAUUUUAAUCAGCUGUACAAAAACAGAAAUUCUACUAUAAAAAUGACAGGUAAGAAUUUCAGUUUUGAGCCUAUUACCUAUCAAAAUAUUCAUUAUUUUUAAUUUUGACUCACACAUUUGAUAUUCAAGAUUCAAGAGGAUAUCCGAUUUCCUGAGAAAGUGAAAACACAUUUUAUUAUCAUUUCCUUUUCAAAACAGGAAUUACGUGUCAUUCAAGAAUUUACCUUCGUUUGGAUAGUCAUGGAAUUCAUGGAAGAUAGGGUAAAAUAUAUGGACAUGGAUCUCGAUAAGAAGAGAGCAAUAUAUCUUUGUAAAAACAGUUAUACAACAUUGGAUGAUAUUCCAACAUGGACAGAAUAUUCGAAAAAUAUAAAUAGAAAACAGACUUCUUCAGACUAUAGAACAGAUAUAAGACUAAAUGAAAAAGUUUCUAUCUUUGUUGGAGACAUCACAACUUUAGAAAUCGAUGCAAUAGUGAAUUCUGCAAACACAGCACUUAUUGGCAGUCAUCCUAAUCGAGUUGAUGGCUCCAUUCAUAUAGCCGCCGGAAAAUCACUUUUAGAAGAAUGUCUAACUUUGGACGGUUGUCAAACAGGGGAAGCAAAGUUCACUGGUGGUUAUAAAUUACCAGCCAGAUAUGUAAUUCACACAGCCGGUCCUAAUGGAGAACAUCCCGAUCUUUUAAAAAAGUGUUACUAUAAUUCAUUGAAUUUAGCUAAGAGAAAAGGGUGGAAGACCAUCGCCUUCCCUUGCAUUUCAACUGGAUUUUAUUUAUAUCCAAGGGAAAAAGCAGCUCAUAUUGCCCUCAAAAUAUGCAGAGAGUGGCUUGAAAAGAACCCAAAUGUGAUGGAUCGAAUCAUUUUUUGUCUUUUCCGAAAUGCUGACGUUGGAAUAUAUGAAUCCUUGAUGCAGGAAUAUUUUCCACUUUUCCACUAAUAAGUAGGUUCUUCCAUGUUUGGAUGCCUAAAACAUCUUUAAUAGCAAGCAAGUCGAAUUAUAAGAAUUUUCUUUUACUCAUCACCAAGCUGGAAUUUUAAACUAUUGCACAAUAAAAGUUUCUGCGUUUCAUUUCAGCGCCCAUAUAAUUAUUUUUUGUCAUUCAUUUCAUUGUCAAUGUUACCUUCACACUUAUUUAUAGAGUUGUGACUCAAAUAAAAGAUGGACUAUGAUAAAUUCCUGCAGUGGUUUAUUUGAUUAUAGAACUAUAUAAGGCGUACCUUAUUAGCACAAAAUGCCCCAAAACAAUUAUAUGAUAUC